AUGAAGAUGAUGUCCUCAUCUCACUCUUUUGUUGCUCCAGAUCUGUGUGACUCUAAUUUACCCAGAUCUACUCUGACUGUGACUCCAGACAGUCCUGUCUUUACUGGGGAGAGAGUGAGUCUGAAGUGUGUGAUUGAGUCUAACAGAGACUGGAGACAGAGAAAUGGCCUGACAUAUGACCAGAGAUCUUACUGGACAUAUUACCAGACACAUGUCUGGAGAUAUGAGUGGAAUAAAGACAGUGUAAAGUUACAGUCGUCUGAUCGUUACACUGUAAACACAGACACACUCACUAUCAGAGCAGUAACUACAUCUGAUGAGGGUCAGUACACGUGUAGAGGACAGAGAGAUGAAAGACCAAACUCAUCACAAUCAAGCUCUGUUUCUCUCUCAGUGAAGGGUGUUUCUCCUUCAGUGUCUCUGGUGGUCCGUCCCAGCAGAAGUCAACACUUCUCAUCUGACUCUCUCUCUCUGAGCUGUGAGGAUCAGACGAACUCUUCUGGAUGGACAGUGAGAAGAUACACAGACAGAAACACAGAAAAUUGUUCAAAACUAACAGGAUCUACAUGUCGACUCGUCUCUCUCAACACAUCUGACUCUGGAGUUUACUGGUGUCAGUCUGAAUCUGGAGAGAAAAGUCAUCGUCUCAACAUCAUUGUUCAUGAUGGUGAUGUGAUUCUGGAGAGUUCUGUUGAUCCUGUGAUUGAGGGACAUACUCUGACUCUACACUGUUUACAUCGAUCUACAAACUCCUCGAUCCUCAGAGCUGAUUUCUAUAAAGACGGAUCACUCGUCCAGAAUCAGACGACAGGAGAGAUGAUCAUCACGAAUGUCUCAAAGUCAGACGAGGGUUUCUACUACUGUAAAACAGAGAGAGGACAGUCACCGCACAGCUGGAUCUCAGUCAGAGAGAAGAAAGAAAAUCAUUCGGAUUUAGACCAACAUCUUGAUGGUGAUGUGGUUCUGGAGAGUUCUGUUGAUCCUGUGAUUGAGGGACAUACUCUGACUCUACACUGUUUACAUCGAUCUACAAACUCCUCGAUCCUCAGAGCUGAUUUCUAUAAAGACGGAUCACUCGUUCAGAAUCAGACGACAGGAGAGAUGAUCAUCACGACUGUCUCAAAGUCAGACGAGGGUUUCUACUACUGUAAAACAGAGAGAGGACAGUCACCGCACAGCUGGAUCUCAGUCAGAGAGAAGAAAGAAAAUCAUGCGGAUUUAGACCAACAUCUUGUGUCAGGUCCUCACAUCAUCCUCGGUUUUCUUCUGGCAGCUUGUCCGUAUCUGCUGGCGACAGUCGUGCUGCUUUACAAAUGCUACAGAGCGAGAGUUCCAUCUACUGAAGACCAAAGCCAGUACGCUGUAACAGAGGAAGAAACUUAAACUGAUAUUCCCCAAGAGGGUCUGGCUGCAGACUUGCACUUGCACUCUCAGACUUGCACUCUCAGACACUUGCA